UCGUCCGGCCAAGUGGGCGCGUCCCGCCCGGGCCGCCGGGAUCUGGUGUCCGCUGCAGCUGGCAGUGCGGCGGGCGCCGGCACGGGCACAAUCGCAGACGGCGUUGGCUAUUAAUAACGUUCCGGGCGAGCCCGGGGUCGUGCAGCCAUGGCCAGCCAGGAACCCCUGCGCGGCGGGGACGGCGCCCGGGCCGCGAGGGAUACACACACAGAGGCCAGUUUUCCUCUUCAGGACUCAGAAUCCCCCAAGGAGGCCAAGACCUUUAACCCAGAGGCCACUCUGUCUUUGGAGGGGAGUGUGAACCUAGAGGACAUUCUCUAUCUGGGGGCAUCGGGGGACUUUGAAGAGAGUCUCUAUGAGGAAGAGUUUGAGAAGCCAGAGCAGACACUGUAUAUCGACGAAUCGAGGCAGCCAGACGAGGCCCUGGACCUGGAAGAGCUUGUGAGUCCAGAGGAGACGCUGUCUGUGGAGGAACCUGUGAGGCCAGAGGAGGUACAAUUCUCGGAGCAGCCUGUGGCGCCACCUGAGAGCCCAACUGCUUGCGAGGGAGAAAUGGUGACCACCACGGAGGAAAGCCGUCCAGCUCAACCGAUUCCCGGCACGGAGGAGAGCCUCAGCGUGGAGGACCUGGAGCUGCUAGAAGGCCGUUUCCAGCAGUGCGUACAGGCUGUGUCUCAGCUGGAAGAGGAGAGGGACCGGCUUAUCCACGAGCUGGUGCUGCUCCGCGAACCGGCCCUGCAGGAGGUACAGCAGGUCCACCAGGACAUCCUGGCCGCCUACAAGCUGCACGCACAGGCCGAGCUGGAGAGAGACGGGCUCAGGGAGGAGAUCCGGACGGUGAAGCAGAAGCUGUUCAAGGUGACCAAGGAAUGCGUGGCUUACCAAUACCAGCUGAAGUGCCACCAGCAGGACGUGGCUCAGUUUGCAGACUGCAGGGAAGCGCUGACCACCCGGGCCGCCCAGCUCUCUGGAGAACUGACCCAGCUCCGAGAUGCCUAUCAGAAGCAGAAGGAGCAGUUGCAGCAACAGCUAGAAGCACCCCCGACCCAGAGCGACGGGCACUUUCUCCAGGAGAGCCGACGGCUGUCGACACAGUUUGAAAAUCUCAUGGCGGAAAGCCGUCAGGGCCUGGAGGACGAAUAUGAACCCCAACUGCUUCGGCUCCUGGAAAGGAAAGAGGCGGGGACCAGAGCUCUGCAGGACACCCAGGCGGAGAUCCAGGAGAUGAGGGAGGUUCUGAGACCCCUGGAAGCAGAGGCCCGGCAGCUCCAGCUUCAGAACAGGAACCUGGAGGACCAGAUCACGCUCGUGAGGCAAAAACACGACGAAGAGGUUCUACAGUACAGGGAGCAGCUGGAGGAGAUGGAAGAGAGGCAGCGGCAGUUACGCAGUGGGGUGCAAGUUCAGCAGCAGAAGAACAAGGAGAUGGAGCAGCUGAGGACAAGCCUUGCUGAAGAGCUUUCCACAUAUAAGGCCAUGCUACCCAAGAGUCUGGAUCAGGCUGAUGCACCUACUCCUCAGGCAGGUGGAGUCGAGGCACAAUCCCCAGGGACUGUUUAGAAAUGUAUGGUUGGCUCUGUAACCCAGAAACAAGAACGCAUUUAUCAAAGGAUCAGUAGGGAUGGACUUUCCCAAGAUAAGAGUAGCAAGCACCUGGCAAGCAAUGUACCCUGUAAAAGUACAAACACUGGCGGGCUUGCCUGGAGAGGUCAGGCCAGCUGGAGGCAGACUCCCAGUCAGCUUGUAUCUGGAGUCUGCUGUAGGCUGCAGGUACUGACGUCAGUGCGGCUUAUCUUCCGGCAGAACCAUGAGUAAUGGAUAGAUCACCACACCCUGAAGUAUCAUCAAGAACAUUAUGGAUUGCUUUGUGCUGAUCCAAACCAAGAACAUCUACAGGAAAAUGUUGGUGUCAAAAUCAGCCAAUUUUUGCUAUAUGGAUCCACAACAAAAUCUUUUGUGCUACAGGUAUUAAGAGUUUUAAAUGACUCCACUCACAAAGCGAUGUUCCCCUUCAAGUCUACACUCACAUAAUUU